AUGAUCCUUCAAAAGCUUUCAUCUCGAGCCCCCAUUCUCCUCCUCCCACUCCUACACCCCCCGCGAAUACCGGUACGCCCAAUACGAGCAAUAGCUCUCACAGCCACCAACUUUGGUAAACCAAUGCCACCAAGACCAUCUGUGAAAGAGGAGGAGAUUGAAGAGUCAUUCCUGAAAGGAAGCGGUCCAGGAGGUCAAAAAAGUGAGUCACAAUAUCCCCUUCACUGCAUGCUACUUCGGACGCAUGUAACGCCCGGUAACAUAUCGGCAGUUAACAAAACUUCUUCCGCCGUCCAACUAAAGCACCUCCCAACAGGGAUAGUGGUAAAAUCCCAAGCCACCCGCUCACGUUCUCAGAACCGCAAGAUCGCGCGUAAGAUAUUGGCUGAGAAGCUGGAGUUUAUGGAGCGUGGGACGGAGAGCCGGGUUGGUGCGUUGGCGGAGAGGGAUCGGAGAAGGAAGGCUAGUAAGACUAAGAAGGCCAAGAGGAAGUAUGCCAAGUUAGAGGCCGAUAAGGGAGCUAGCGAUGGUGAGGGGGAGGCCGGAAGCGGGGAGGAGGGUCACAUUGAGGGUGGGGAGGGAGAAUCGGCAGACGAGCAAGUUGAUCGUGCUGUUGGGCCCAAACUCGGGACGUCGGAGCCGAGGUCAGCAUCGGCAAUCGAAGAGGGGACCGCUACUAUACCAAUACCAGUCAAUGACGGCCUUAAAUGGUAGCAAGCCACCCAACUCCGCUAAGGGCACCAACUACAGGUAUUAGAUGCGCACCGCACGCACAGCUCGUUAUGCGCUGUCUGUGGUAGCAGGGACGAGCCUAGGUCUUUGAACAUCGUCCAACUUGUCUGAUACCCAACAUCAUAGGCCGGCAUAUCUCAUCCAUAACCACUAGCACUGUACAAACAUAUAAG